UUACUUUGCGGUUGACUUGGGCUUCCAAUAAAAAUGCUUCGUCCCCGACCGACCCAAAAUUCUUUUCGCUGCGACAGUCUCACUGUCAAUUCGUGUCCCUCCCUUCUCCUCUCCCACUCCUCUCCGUCGCCGAAACCAGACGCACAACCUCUCUGGUCCACCGCCUCUUUCUCUAUCUCUUUUUAAUUGUUCUGAGAUUUCAGUUCACUUUCUAUUUGAUUAUUUAAAUGCACCUGCAUUGACUCCCCAAUCAGUCCCCAGCACCGCCAGCUACAGUCUACUAUGCAUUCACCCUGAUACAUAUGCAUCAUACUCUGGGUGCGCACCGCCUCAUAUACCGAGCUCGUAUUUCUAAUCACGUAAAAGCUGGCCUAAUCGAUCAGGCAAUCCAGGUAUUCGACGAAAUGACCCAAACAGAUUGCGGAAUAUUUAGCGUAGAUUGCAACCGAUUUAUUGGCGUUUUAAUCCGACAAUCCCGCUUCGGCCUAGCUCAGCAUUAUUAUCACAAAAUGCUCCCUCUAGGAUUCUCUUUAACCUCAUUUACAUAUUCCCGUUACAUUUCUGGUUUAUGCCAAAUUGAGGACUUUAGUACAAUUGGCUGCUUAUUUUCAGAUAUGGAGAGGCUGGGGUUGCUGCCAGGUAUUUGGGCCUUUAAUAUUUAUUUAAAUUUUUUGUGUGGUGGAAAUAGAAUAGAGUUGGCUCUAGCGGUGUUUUAUAGCAUGGCGAAGAGAGGGAGAGAGCCUGAUGUUGUAACAUAUACCAUUAUCAUUGAUGGGUUGUGCAAAGUAUGCAGGUUUCAUGAAGCUGUUCGAGUUUGGCAUCAUAUGAUUGACAAAGGGAUUAGACCGGAUAAUAAGGCCUGUGGGGCACUUGUAAUUGGGUUAUGCGAGGGAGGGAAAGUGGAUUUGGCAUAUGAGCUUACAGUUGGUUCGAUGAAGGAUGCUGGUGCUCAGUUCAGCAUUUUGGUGUACAAUGCUUUGAUUAGUGGUUUUUGUAAAGCUGAUAGGAUUGAUAAGGCGCAAGCAAUGGAGUUGUUUAUGAGGAGGAAUGAAUGUAAACCAGAUUUAGUUACCUAUAACGUGUUCUUAAAUUAUUGUUGUGAUAAACUUAUGUUGGAAGAGGCUGGGAAGUUGAUCAAGAAGAUGGAAGGGAGUGGGAUAGAACCCGAUAUCUAUAGUUAUAAUCAGCUGCUUAAGGGCCUUUGUAAAGCCAACCGCCCAGAUAAAGCUUACUUGCUAAUGGAGAAUAAGAUGCAACCGAAAGGAUUGUUUGACAUUGUUUCUUAUAAUACUCUUAUUGAGGCAUUUUGCAAGCCACGCCACACUAGAAUGGCUUACAAGCUCUUUGAGGAAAUGGGUUCAGAGGGAAUUGCACCGGAUGUGGUGACAGUCACUAUUCUAAUAAAAACUUUUCUUAGAGAAGGUAGUUCUGAUGUAGCAGAAAAACUACUUGAUAAGAUGAAAGUGACAGGCCUGUUACCUGAUCGUAUUUUUUUUACAACUUUAGUGCAUCACCUAUGCACUACUGGAAACAUUGGGAUGGCUCAUAGUGUGUUCCGUGAUAUGGUAGAUCAGGGAAUUAACCCUGAUGCUAUUUCAUACAAUGCCCUCAUAAAUGGGCUUUGCAAGUCUUCUGGAGUCAGUGAAGCCAUGAAUCUAUAUGAGGGAAUGCAUACCCGAGGAUGUGAUCCUGAUGAGGUAACUUACAACUUGAUAAUUGGAGGGCUUAUACGGGAAAAUAAGCUUCCGGUGGCCUGUGGGGUUUGGGAUCAGAUGAUGGAGAAAGGAUUUACUCUUGAUAAUGGUGUUUCAGACUUAUUAAUUGAAGCCAUAUAUACAUGAGACGUCACAUGAAAACAGAAUAUGGUUCUGGUGCUAGCUUUAUUUCUAUAAUUUGGUGCAGAUCCCAGAAAAUGAACUAUUCUUAUGUUGGAGUUCAUGUUAUCAGGGUUGUUGCUACCAAGUCGCCCUUCCUACGGUUAUUGAUGAUCGGCAUUCAGAUCAAAUUUGCCUCAAUGACACAAAUACACGUGGUGUUGCUAUGUGAGAUAAUAGAAACUAAUGCUGGCUGGCGAGAGAUCAAACUUUCCUUUCAUUGAUUCCAAUUCCAGGUAUAAGGUCAUGCAAUACCUGCCUUCUGAACUGAUGCCCUCUUAUUACUGCAAUCUCAACAGAAAGCAGCUCUUGUCAGUUUCCACACAUAUGGAAUAGGUAUAUCCUUUGGUGGUCAUUGUGAACUUCGAGCUCUGCAUAUGAUCUUCUUUCAUUAUCUCAUGACAUGGUGUGCUAUUUGUGGAAGGUGUGGCAUUGGAUAAGUUGUAGCUACGUGUAAUCUCAAGUAUGGGAAGACCUACGCAGAGAUUAUCAAAUAUACAGGACUCAGUUUUUAAGAUUGUCCGAGUGUAUAUUGGGAAACAGAAACCGAUGAUAUUGAAGUGUGAAAUAUUGAUCGAUGGGAAGUGCAGAAAGUUACCAACUUGAAGGGAACCAGUUUGUCCAUCAACAAAACAGUCUAGUGAGUCCACAUGAAAAGUGACGCAGCUCACAGCAAAGUUUUCCCUAAUGGGUUGGCUCAAAAGGCGUUAUAAUUCAAUUUUCUUGUCCUGAAUUAUGGCAUUGUAGCCUGACAAUUUUCAAGUUGUGUUGUCUAGAAGCAGUUAAAAGAUCUCUCUGGUAUUGCUACAUAAAAUAUAAGUCUGGAGAGCAAGUUUUUUGUGUCUGAUGUACUGGUUGCUGCUCAGUACUUGGGACAUUCUGGUGAUGAUUAACGUCGGUUCUGCGCAUUUGAAAACAUAAAUGAUUCAUCACAUUUUUCAAUUAUAGUUCAGUCCAUGAUUUUCCUCAGCUA